UCACUCACCAGUUUUCAACACCAACAACUUCUAGUAAAAUGGCACAUCUCACUCCUAUCGUCAACCCCACUUGGGUGUUCGAAGAUCGCACACAGACGAUCUAUGCAGCCGCAGAUAUUCCCAAUAGCAAACUGAUGGUGACCUCCUCCGAGGACAGGAUGGUCCGUCUCUGGGACUUGAAGACAGGUAAAGUGUUGAAGCAGUUGGGGGGGCACACCGGUGAUGUGAUGGGAUUGGCGGUAUCGAGAGACGGGGAAUUGAUAGCGACUGGUGACGAGAACGGCGAGCUCAUCGCCUGGCAGGCAAAAACCGGAGAGUCUCUCGCCAGAGUUUCCAAGGCCCACGGCAGUGCAGUCCGCUCCUUGGACUUUUCACCCGACAAUGCAUUCAUCGUUACCGCGUCAGCGGCACGCAACGACCAAACGAUCAAAUUUUGGAACACCAAAACUUGGGAGCAAGCCGGAUAUUACGCAUGCGGUGAUACUGUCCGCUGUGUUAGGUAUGCGCGGUCCAACGUACAUGCACUUGCAGUGGCAACAGAUCAAGACAUCCAAAUUUACGCCAACGGCAAACUCCAAACGACGUUGAAGGGUCACAGUCACGGUAUUUUGUCACUCGCCUGGUCUCCUGAUGCCAAGCGCCUUCUUUCGGGAGGAGAUGAUCAUGAUCCCAGCAUUAGGGAGUGGGAGACAUCGAGCUGGACACAGGUCGGUGAACCAUGGACGGGCCACACGUACAAAAUCAACUCCAUCGCCGUUCAUUCUGCUGGCACGCACGCAGUUUCCGCCUCUAGCGACAACUCUGUUCGUCUCUGGCAGCUCUCCGAUAAACAAACCAUUGCCAUUUUCCAGCACAGUUCUUCUGUCAUUUGCGCAGCCUUCUCCGCGUAUGGCGCACACAUCCUUAGUGGAGGUUAUGAUAAGAAAGUCUCGGUAUGGACGGCACCCGCGGGCACUUUGCCAGUACUAGACACUCCCGACUUUUACUUGAAGGAAGUCGUGACAACGGUUCCAGCCACUGAAUACAAGGUUCAAGAGUCUACUAUUACUGUAGGAACCCCCGUUUCCAACUCUCACCUGCAGCAAUCGUCUUUGACGACUGUCCAGCUGCAGUCAGUUUCGAAUGCUGCACAGCCUAUCACCACAGUCGAGCAGACGAUUACCAAGGUCCAACAGUCUGUUGCGAAUGGACGGUCAUCUGAAUCUGUCCACACGGAACAAUCUCAAAUUUCCCAUGCUGAGCAGUCUCUUUUCAACUCCCAGCAAUCUCUGUCCAGGGCAGCAACAUCCGUCCGCACUGAACAAUCUCAGAUUUCCCAUGCCGAACAGUCUCUGUCCAGGGCAGCAACAUCUGUCACCAAGUCGGAUCAGUCUGUUUUAAAUGCCGGUCAGGUACGAUUCCAUCCUUUACUUGUAUGGCGUCAUUCAAAGCUUUUUCACGCAGACACUCGUAGUCACCGAUUCAGUGACUACAAGUCCCUAUUCCACUCUGCAGCCUGUUUUGACGACUGCAAGCUCCGAUUCCAAGUUACAGCAGUCAGUUUUGAGGACCACAAGCGCCGAUUCCAAGUCUCUGCAGUCAGUUUUGACAUCUGGAAGCUCCGAUUCCAAGCUUCAGCGGUCAGUUUUGACCACCGCAAGCUCCGAUUCCAAGUCUUUGCAGCCUGUUUUGACAGUUACAGUUGGAAACUCCGAUUCCAAGUUUCAGCAGUCGGGUUCGACGAACGCAAGCUCCAAUUUCAAUCCUCAGCAAUCGUCUUUGACCACUGUCCACUCGCAGUCUGUUUUGAAGGCAGAACAGCCUAUCACCACGGUCGAGCAGACGAUUACCAAGGUCCAACAGUCUGUUGCGAAUGGGCGGUCAUCUGAAUCUGUCCACACGGAACAAUCUCAAAUUUCCCAUGCCGACCAGUCUCUUUUCAACUCCCAGCAAUCUCUGUCCGGGGCAGCAACAUCUGUUACAAAGUUUGAUCAGUCUGUUUUGAAUGCCGGGCAGACACUCGUAGUAUCUAAUCCGGUGACCGGAAGUCUCUAUUCUAAGUCUGUGCAGCCUGUUUUGAUCGCUGGAAGCUCCGAUUCCAGGAUUCAGCAGUCGGUUUCGACACGCGCAAGCUUGGAUUCCAGGUCUCAGCAAUCGUCUUUGACGACUGUCCACUCGCAGUCUGUUCUGGAGGCCGAGCAACCUAUCACCAAGUUCGAGCAGUCUGCCUUCAAGGCCGAGCAAUACCUGUCCAAGGCAGAACAAUAUGCUAACAAGUCUCAGUCAAAGG